AUGCUGCCCACAAGUGCUGGCCACCGAUUGAGGAGCAGCUUUCCCAUGAGGUGGCGAGAGGCUUGCCUGCUUGGCUGUUGGCUGUCACUAUGUGCUGCAGAGUCCUUCUUUGCUUGCCCUUCUUCCUGCAAGUGUAACAGUGGUAAUCUGGAAGUGGACUGCAGUGGCUUGGGCCUCUCUUCCAUCCCCUCAGACAUCCCCACAAACACCAGGACCUUCCUUUUUCUCAACAACAAACUCAGCACCCUGCCAGGACCAGUGUUUUCCAACCUAUCUGCCCUACAGAGGCUGGACCUAUCCAACAACUUCUUGGACCAGCUCCCUCAGAACAUUUUCAGUGACCUGGGGAACCUCACGGAGCUCCAGUUGAGGAACAACAGCAUCAGGGCCUUAGACAAGGACCUGCUGCAGCACACAGCCUUGCUGCGCCAGCUGGACCUCUCCAUCAAUGGCCUGGCCCAGAUACCCUCAGGCAUCUUUGAUGACCUGCCUGCUCUCCGCUCCCUCUCUCUCAGGUCUAAUCGCCUGCAGAGCCUGGACAGGGUGACCUUUGAACCUUUAACCAGCUUGCAGCAGCUCCAAGUUGGGGAUAACCCCUGGGAAUGCGACUGCAACCUCCGAGACUUCAAGCACUGGAUGGAGUGGUUCUCCUAUCGAGGCGGGAAAAUUGACCAGCUGGCAUGUACCCUGCCCAAAGAGCUGAAAGGGAAGGAUAUGCGAAUGGUGCCUAUGGAGAUGUUCAACUACUGCUCACAGCUGGAUGAUGAGAACAGCUCUACUGUGCUGGACAAUACUGGCCCACCUUGCACUAAAGGAAGCCCAACUCCUUCCAAAUCUAAAUCGGGACCAGAACCAGAGGUGGAGCCCAGUGUGGGAUGCCCUCAGAAACAGCGAUACAGGCCUGUGAGCGUUCGCCGGGCUAUUGGCACUGUGAUCAUUGCAGGGGUGGUUUGUGGCAUUGUGUGCAUCAUGAUGGUGGUGGCAGCAGCUUAUGGCUGUAUCUAUGCAUCCCUCAUGGCAAAAUACCACCGGGAGCUGAAGAAGAGGCAGCCACUCAUGGGUGACACAGAGGGUGAACAUGAAGAGCAAAAACAAAUCUCUUCUGUGGCAUGAAACCCUUCUAGGAAGGCAAGGACAGCAAUGAACAAAGGUACCUGAGAGCUGCCAAGCAUGGGGUCUUCCUGAAAUACAUCUUCCCAGACAGACAGACUGUGCUAUUGCUCCACUCACCCAAGUAGUGCAACACGCUUCUGGGGGGUCAGGAAACCUGGCUCUAAUUUCUGUUCCUCUGUCCCAGG